ACAUCAGAUGAUCGUCUGAGAAAAAUCAGCUAAUCUCUACCCAAGAGUGAAAAACAAGAGCCUAGACCUACCCGUCCACCAUGAUCAGAGACAAAGAGCUUUGAAGAAGAUAUCAGCUUUAAUACAAUAGCACAAGGAGCGUACUCCAUUUCUAUGCAUUACCAUGAAGGAGAUGCAGACAACAAUGGGGGCCAUGGCCUUUGAAGUGUGAACAUGGUAAAAAAAAGGAAGGAAAAGCUAAAAAAAGGCACUGUUGCACUCUAGCCUAAACGAGUAAUGGAGAAAUAGCCACGUCUCUGUGUCAGUGUCUGAGAGAGAAAGAGAGCGAAUAGAGUGGCUGUGACUCCAAGUGACAGACGGUAGUUUGAAAGAUUCUCUGGCUCUCGUCUUCUCCACACUCUUUUGCCCACUCCAUGAUUACUAUGUGUAUAUGCAAGUAAAAAAAAACCCAUCCAUUCAAUUUCAGUCUCAAGGUGGUCCUUCACUUCCAUUGAUACCCAUCUCUCUCUGCUUAUCCUGCGCACCAUCCUCCUUCCUUCUUCCCUCCUGAGUCUCCACUUAACCUUCCCAGUCUUCACAAAAAUGGCCAUCGAAGAAGCAGCAUAUGGGUUAUUCUAGUUUUCCGUCGUCGACAUCGUGGUCACUUACUAGACUGAGCUUUGAUUAGAACAGUGGAACAAGAAACAUGGCAAGUGUAGGAGGAUGGAGCAGAGAAGAGGAGAAAGCCUUCGAGAAUGCAAUUGCCGUGCAGUGGGGCGGUGGGGACUCCAACAACCGAUGGGAGAAGAUUGCUUCAAUGGUUCCGAGCAAGACACUGGCCGACCUCAAGAAACACUAUGAGAUUCUCGUCGAGGAUGUGGAUGCCAUUGAGGCUGGUCGAAUCCCGAUUCCUACUUACGUCAAGGACGAAGCUGCGAGCAAAGAUCAGAACGUAAUACCCCCCGCUGGGUCUGCUGAUAGGAGGUUGAAUUGCAACUUUGGAACUGGGUUCUCUGGGUUGGGCAGUGAUUCAGGCGGCCAAGGUGGGAAAGCCGGGUCUCGCUCAGACCAGGAGCGAAGAAAAGGGAUUCCAUGGACAGAAGAAGAGCACAGGUUAUUCCUGCUCGGUCUGGACAAAUUCGGCAAGGGGGAUUGGAGAAGCAUAUCGAGGAACUUCGUUAUCUCGAGGACGCCUACUCAGGUGGCAAGCCAUGCUCAGAAGUAUUUCAUUCGCUUGAAUUCUAUGAAUAGAGACAGGAGGAGAUCCAGCAUCCACGACAUUACCAGUGUCAACAGUGGAGAUGUGUCCUCACCCCAAGCCCCCAUUACGGGACAACAACCACACACGACCCCCACAGCAGCGACGCCGGCCGCCGUGAAGCACCGGCCGCCUCAGCCGAAUAUGCCUGCCGUAGGUAUGUAUGGACCUCCAAUCGGCCAGCCCGUUGCCGCCCCUCCACCCCAUAUGGUUUCAGCUGUUGGAACUCCUGUUAUGCUUCCUCCCGGCCACCAUCCCCAUCCCCCCUACAUGGUCCCAAUGGCUUAUCCGGUGGCGCCGCCAACAAUGCACCAAUAGCAGCAGCUGCUCGCUGCGUCCAACUUGUGAAUCUACGGUUUUUCUUCCCCGCGUCUCAUCAAUGGGAUAUCCAAUCCAAUCCGAGCUUCACUUGAUCCAACUUCCAAGGAACAAUGGGUGCUCAUCUCCUUCCUCAGAAUGAUAGGAACAGUAAGGCUGCUCUAUUCCCAUCCUGUUCACUGGAUAUCUCUACAUUCCAAAUGAAUCCAACCCAUAAUUGUAGAGAUCUGGGACUGAUUUUUUCCCUUUCUUCCUGCUAUGACUCCUCAGUUCUUUUACUAGAUAUUGUAAAUUAGUAGGGGAAGGGGGAUUUUGAUAUCAUUUAGCUGUCUGUGGAUCCUGGCUUUGAAGGAUUAAACAACUCAAAGCAGUUGGGGACCUGGGUUACCCUCAAAUUAGUAGGGUUGUUUUAGAUAUGAUUCCUUACUAUUAGAAUGAUUAUGAUUUACUAAAAGAUAGAAGACAUGAACUAUGUGAAACAUGAACUCCAUGAUUUUAAUGAA